UACUCUUCUAUCCAUUUUACAUAUCCAACAUGCUCGGCGAAGGUGUCCUCCCUGUUACUAUUGUCUCUGCCAACAACUUGCUCGAUGUCGAGAACAUGGGCAAGAACGAUCCCUAUGUCCGCAUCACCACUGAUAUCAACAACGAUGACUCGUGGCAAGUAACCGAGGUCCAAGAAGAUGCCGGUGAGAACGCCAGCUGGGGCCAGACCUUCGAGAUCGCUCUUGGCGGUGAGUCUACCGAUCUUUUCGUCGAAGUCAUGGACAAGGAAAAGGGCGUCGAUACCAUCAUUGGUUUCUGCACUAUCCCUCUCGCCACUGUCGUUGGUGGCGCUGACGGCCUCUACGAGAUCUACACCAUCAAGGGUGAGCCUGCUGGUGUCAUCCACCUCGUCUUCAACAACGCUGAAGGUGAAGCCACUCCCGGUCGUUCCUACAUCAACGAUGAACACUUGGAGCGCUGCAAGAGUCUCCACCACAAGGCCCUCGCUGGUGACAUUGGUACCGCUGCUGUUGGCGCUGGCCUCGCAAUUGGAGCCGGCCUCAUAGGCAAGAAGCUCUUCGAGGAGUAUAAGGCAAAGAUGGCGGCUGAAGAAGCCUAAACAUUGUAUUAUUCAUUCUGUUUAUCUUUAUCUUUCUUUUUUAACUAUUUGUACAUAGUUGUUUUAAUAAAGUGACAAAAAGCGUCCUUUAACUGUAA